AUUCAGUUUUUAAGACCCGGUUUGCCCUAACAAACACCUUCCUCGCUUGCGUAGUGCCGCUGAGCUUCUUUUCCCGCUAGUUCUCUAUCUCUAGCGAAUUGGGUUUCAGAGACUGACUCGAAGCUGAUGGGUAACCAACGCUUUUCCAGAAAACGAGGAUUCAAGAGACCAAAAACACCCAAGGAGUCUGGGACAAACUGGCAUACAAGAAAACAUCGGCGUGCCAAAGAUGAGAUUGAGCACAGACCCUCCCUGAGUGCCUCAGAGGAUUUAUUACCGGAACACUCAACUGUAGAUUCUGAAGAAGAGGCCAAAGAAGAAGCAGGAACGGCUUAUAAAGAGCCCACAAUGUAUGAUAAUUUGUUAAAGACAUUGGGGUCGGGUAGUGAUUCCUUUGCUAAUGCUUAUAAAAGAAGACAAAGAGAAGAAGAAGGCAAAAGUGACACGGAAGAAGAUCUGGGAAUUGAAUUGGAAUCUUUUAGUGCAUCAGGGGAAGAGGAUGAUGGUGAGAAAGAAACUGACAAGGAGUCUCCUACAAGUCUUGGUACGAGAAGUAAUAUGCAAGGCUUUGGUUUGGUGGGCGUUACAAAGACGAGUGAAGAUGCUGGAAUUGACGAUGAUGGUGAUGAUGAUGAGGUCUACGAGACAGAUGAAGACCGUGAAUUGACAGUCAAUGGUCAAUCAGCUGCAGAGGCUUCAGUGAGCACGAGUUCCUUUUGUGAUCACUUCGGGUACAAAUUAUCAAAAGCAGAGGUGGAUGUUCUAUCAAAAAGAAAAUGGAAAUAUAAAUGGGAGGUGCCUGCUUUUGAUAUACCAAAUUGCAAGUGGAUAGGGACAGGAGAAUGUUUUAUAAAGGAUAUUGACCUACAUUCGGGCUAUGUUCCUAAGCUAAGGUUAUAUAAGCAUUGGUUGGAUAUCUACAAGGCACCUGGAGGCAAUGAUUUUGAUUCAUCUAAACGGAGAUAUUUCUUCUCCCUUUUCAACAGUUAUCGAGAUAUACUGCACCACAACAAGAAGCCAUUUUAUCUCAAAGGCCGGGAAGAAGACUCAAGUGUCAUGGAUGCGUAUCUAAUGCAUUCUCUGAAUCAUAUAUUCAUAACUAGAGAUCUAGUAACAAAGAAUGAUGCAAGAGUGGCCAAACAUCAAAAAAGUGCAAAGGAGGAAAUACUUACUGGAGAUGGUUUGCUUGACCAGGGGUUCACUCGUCCUAAGAUUUUGAUCCUGUUGCCACUUGCAAGCAUUGCAUUUCGUGUAGUUAAGAGGCUAAUACAGCUGACCCCCUCUGCACAUAAGGUUAAUGUGGAGCACCUUGAUCGCUUCUCUGAUGAGUUUGGAACUGGAGUGGCUGAUGACAAUGAGGAUGAUGAAGGAAAUGAUAAUGAAAUUUCAAAAUCACAGAAGCCUUCAAAGCCUUCUGACUAUCAAGCUCUGUUUGAUGGGAAUAACAAUGACCACUUCAUGAUAGGCAUUAAGUUUACACGGAGGAGCAUAAAAUUGUAUGGUGAUUUCUAUUCAUCUGACAUGAUUGUUGCCUCUCCUCUUGGUUUAAUCACCAAAAUUGGGGAGGCCGAGGUAGAAAAGGAAAAAGAUGUUGAUUAUCUUUCUUCGAUAGAGGUUUUAAUCAUUGAUCAUUCGGACAUAAUAGCUAUGCAGAAUUGGUCCCAUGUAAAUACAGUUGUUGAACAGUUGAACCACAUACCAUCUAAGCAGCAUGGAACUAAUAUUAUGCGCAUUAGAGAGUGGUAUUUAGAUGGACAUGCACAGUUCUACCGACAAACAAUAAUUUUGGGUUCUCAUUUAAAUCCAGAGAUCAAUGCCUUGUUCAAUCGUCAUUGCAUUAACUACCAAGGAAAGGUGAAGAUGUUAUGUGAGCAUAAAUCUGUUCUUCCCAAAGUGUUACUUCAAGUACGACAGAUUUAUGAGCGUUUUGAUGUGGAAUCAAUAGAAGAUGUGGAUGACGCUCGUCUUGAAUAUUUUUCUAAGAAGGUGUUCCCCAAGAUAAAAGAUUCUAUUCAGGGUGGGAUUAUGAUAUUUAUUAGUUCUUACUUUGAGUUUGUUCGAGUUCGAAAUUUCUUGAAGUCGCAGGAUGCAUCCUUUUGUCUAUUGGGGGAGUACACAAAACAGAGUGAUAUUUCUCGUGCGCGGGUAUGGUUUUUCCAAGGAAAGCGGAAGAUCAUGCUUUACACUGAGAGAGCUCAUUUCUACCAUAGAUAUAAGAUUCGUGGUAUUCAGAAUUUAGUUAUCUAUUCUCUACCAGAAAGAAAAGAAUUUUACCCUGAGAUUGUUAAUAUGCUCGAAGGGUCUGAUAGCAUGACAUGCACUGCACUUUUUUCUCGCUUUGAUCAGCUUCGGCUGGAGAGGAUUGUCGGAACGUCCCCUGCAAAAAGGAUGGUGGCGUCAGAGAAGGGUGUUUUCAUUUUUUGUUAGAAGAUUUCUCCAGGCUUGAGUUGAUUAUUGCAGCUGGCAAUGCAAAAUAGCUAGUGUAUAUGAGAAAUGGCAAGCUAGACUGGCUGCUUUUGGAACCUGAGUUACCUAGUAUAUUUCAAUUUUCCAUCUCCAAAUUUUUCUUCAUAACCAGGUUACUACUAUUAUGGUUUAGAAAGGUCGAGUCAGCGAAUCCAAAUGAUGUUUGGGAACUAAGUUAUUUUGCUUUUGUUUUGUCCUGUUGUAUGACUAGAAGCUCCUAUGGCUUGCAGUUGUAAAAUUUUGACUAAUCCUAGGAUUGAAGUAUACAUUCUUUAAUUUGUCAGUUAAUGUUAUUUGUAUAAUAAUUUUUAAUUA